GAUGUGAUCCCAGGCCUAAUUAUUGCCGAGAGAUGCAUCCAAGAUAUGCUACUAUAUCGCUAUCAGAAUCUUACUUUUUUCCGGGGCAUUGCCUGGCUGGCUACCGUGGGAGUUCCCCUCUCUCGUAGUGGUCUGUCUGUCUUGUCUUGUCUUGUCGUCACCCGUCACCAUGACUGCACUACUGAUGAUCGUUACCAGGCAAUACCGAUUUACAGUACCUGUAAUUUGCAGCUGCCCGCCCGCUGCCUGAGGUGUGCCCCUCCCUCAGCCCUCGUCGUCCUGCUCUUUUUUCCUCCCGCAACCCAAAAAUUUCCCCUCCUCGGGUUUGCUUGUUUUGAUUUUGCUGCUUGCAGAAGGGGCCCUCGAUCCACUUGCUGUGGCCCCGGCGACCAGCUCCAUCUCCCAGGGCGUCAACCCCAACGCACAAAUCAUUGCCGUUGUUUUUCGAGGCCUCGCCUUCUACUAACUAUAGCCGGCCACUCAGAGUGCUGCGUGGCUGUUCCAUUGAGGUUCUUUGAGCUUCUUUCUUUCUACCAUUUGACAAGGGCUCGUCGCGGAUCGUCGACGGAACAACCACUCUUAGAACCAUGACAGCCUGACCCCUGGGCACGGUUCCAAACUAUCUAUAGCUUCCCAAUAGCUAGACUACCUUUCCCCGUAAUGCAAUGGAAGCAUUGAUCGACAGAUAUGCUUCAUCAUCUUUUCGCCGAUCGAGGCGGCUAAUACUCC